CAAACGGUCACGAUGACCGUACCAUACAUUGAUAGGAUAGCUUUGAUCGCACGCGAACAAUUCCGCUUUCCUUGCUGCUGCUAACUUGUGCCCUUUAACUAACGAGAGGAGAGAAAUUUGUAUAAUUUCUAUGUGAUCCGGUGAUUGUAUAAUUUGUAUACAAAACAACAGUUGAUUUAUCGAUCUCUUACAGAGAGAUCUAUCAAAUUCUCAAGCAUUUCAUUGAAGCAAUUGAUAUUUGGUGUCUUCAUUUCAAGAAACUCCAUUGAUUGAUUGAUUGUUUGAUCUCUCUUAGGGCAUCACUGAUUUCAAGCCCAAGCUUCGCGUUCAAUGUCUUAUUUCCUCAACCUCGCUGAAGAUUUAUUUGAAACUGUAGAUCGAAGAGCAAAGAGUGUUGUUGGUGACAAGCCGGAUGAGGAGACUAAUUUUCUGCCAACAGCUUCUAAUGGGCAUGGAUCUCAAGAAAAGAGGACAAGGCUAAAGACAAAGACUCAAAAGAGACUUUCCUCCAACGAAACUCCUAAAACAAUCAAUGCUGCACGGGAUGAAACUACCUUUGAGACAACAAAGUUGGGCCUAGUUUCUGAUAAAGAUAUGACUGCUAUGUCAAUUGAAACUGAUGGGGCUUCUCCAAGUAAUUAUACUUCUCAAAGUAGAAACGAGGAGCCGAACAAUCUUCAUAAAGAUGGGUCCAUAUUAGGCUCUCCUUUACCUUUAAAUUUCUCGAACGACGGGGUGAAGCAUGACGAUGAUCAUGCAAAAGUGCCAGCAACUGUUAGUAAUGUGGAAGCCAUUACUUCAUCGUCAAAUGGCAAAUCAGUUGAUAAGCAAGCUUCGGAUGUUCACGAGGAGAGUCAUUCUUCACCACUUGCCAAAGGUGAUAAGGUUGUUGGUGAAGAUCCUGCAGUUGAUUCUGGCCAAGUUAUCAAGUUGGAAGAUGCAAGUGCUCCUGUAAAGAUUGAUGAAGAGAGAUCUCAAUCUGUAAUUGCUGAAACACCUGGUAAUGUUGAGUCAGAACUGAAAGAUGCUAAUCUCAUGGCUGAACCUCUUUCCAAUCAAAAGAAGCAAUAUGAACAAAAAACGGAUAUUUUUCCAGUGAAAGUACAAGAUCAGCUUGAUGAGGCUCAAGGACUCAUUAAAGGUGCAAUAUCUACUGGUCAGUCAAAAGAGGCAAGGUUGGCUCGGGUUUGUGCUGGACUUUCAUCCCGUCUACAAGAAGUCAAAUCUGAAAAUGCACAGUUAGAGGAGCUUCUUGUUGCAGAGAAAGAGCGGAGUACAUCACUUGAGGCUCGCAUAAAGAAGCUGAGGGAAGAUUUAUCUGCAUCCAAAAGUGAAAUGGUAAGAGUGGAGUCAAAUAUGGCUGAGGCUUUGGCUGCAAAAAACUCUGAAAUUGAGGCACUCGUCAGUUCUAUGGAUGCACUGAAGAAACAGGCUGCUUUAUCUGAAGGAAGUCUAGCAUCAAUGCAGGCAAACAUGGAGUCUAUGAUGAGACACAGGGAACUGACAGAGACGAGGAUGAUGCAAGCUCUGCGGGAGGAGCUGGCUUCUGCAGAACGGAGAGCGGAAGAAGAGCGUGCUGCACACAAUGCUACCAAGAUGGCUACUAUGGAAAGGGAAGUAGAAUUGGAACAGCGGGCUAUUGAGGCAUCCACAGCCCUAGCCAGGACCCAGAGAACAGCAGAUGAGAGGACUGCAAAGGCAACAGAGCUUGAGCAGAAGGUGGCCUUGCUUGAGGUUGAAUGUGCAUCAUUAAAUCAAGAACUACAAGAUAUGGAAGCUCGUGCUCGCCGUGUACAAAAGAAGUCUCCCGACGAGGCAAAUCAAGUGAUUCAGAUGCAGGCAUGGCAGGAAGAAGUGGAGCGUGCACGCCAAGGUCAGAGAGAUGCCGAGAGCAAGCUUUCUUCUUUGGAGGCUGAAGUUCAAAAAAUGAGAGUUGAAAUGGCUGCCAUGAAGAGAGAUGCUGAGCAUUAUUCACGCCAGGAACAUAUGGAGCUAGAACAACGGUACCGUGAACUAACUGAUCUAUUGUAUUAUAAGCAAACGCAACUGGAAACCAUGGCUAGUGAAAAAGCUGCUGCAGAGUUUCAAGUGGAGAAAGAGAUAAAACGUCUUCAAGAAGCACAGGUAGAAGCAGAAAGAAGCAGAGUUUCUCGUCGUGCAUCAUCAUCAUCUUGGGAAGAAGACACUGACAUAAAAUCCCUCGACAAUUGCAGGUCUCUCCCCUUGUAUCAUCGCCAUAUGGUUGGAGCAAGCAUACAGUUGCAGAAGGCAGCAAAGCUUUUGGAUUCUGGGGCUGUCAGGGCCACAAGAUUUCUCUGGCGGUAUCCUAUUGCUCGAGUUCUUCUGCUUUUCUACCUGGUAUUUGUCCAUCUCUUCUUGAUGUAUCUGUUGCAUCGCCUUCAGGAGCAAGCUGAUGAUUUUGCCUCUAGAGAAGUUGCAGCAUCUAUGGGACUUGCCAACCGGACCUUGCCAUGAUAUUACAGCUGCUCCAGGCCAUUCACAGAUUUCUCCUUAGUGGUGGAUUGCGGCCGAUGGCAACCACAACAGUUAUAAUAUGUAGCAGCGGCAACGAUGUAUAUCUCAGCACAUUAUAGUAGUGGAUGAAGAAAAGGAAAUUUAAUCCUUUUCUUUUGAGUAUAUUGAUAGUAUCAUUGUCUGUGUGUUAUGACUUUUUCUGAUGAAUGAAGAGAUGCAGCUCUUUGGUGAAUCCGUUGAAGGAGCUGAAGAAACCCCGACAAUUCAACACUGUUUGAUAACAGAUCUCUAAUCACCUUUUUUUUCUUUUUCUUUUUUUGGUGGCAAUACUUGGUAUGGUUUUGACAAUUGAAAAUGCCGGAGAGCUAAAUGUAGCGGACACAAGAUUUGAUGUUGUCAGUGAAUAUGAUUUUGCCCACAGCCACAAUUGUUUUCAUUUUGGACAUGUAGAAUUUCAUUUAUCCAGUUAUUCAAAUGUAAAGGUGAGUAUUAAAUCUGAAUUGAUAGAAAAUGUUUUCACUUUAUUAGGGUUACAAA